AUGGACAUUGACCUCAUGAUGAACUGCCGAAACACCAGCAGCUUCACCAUCUAUUUCCUGCCGUGGGAGGAGAAAACCGCCUCUGGCCUCCAGGACGUCCAGGAGCUCCUCCGCCUUUUUCUCUCCUCAGCCGCCCUACUCCCCGACGGAGGAAUCAUGGCCUCCGACUACGGCGUCGUGGCUAGUGCGGCGAUGAGCAAGUUCGAGAGGGACAUCUCCCUCCUUGGCCGGAAUUGGACCGGCCACGCACAGUUCAGGCGGGCACAGACCGCUUCAUCCCGUCAUCAGACUACCACCACCAACAUCCAGGGUCUAAGGUGA